CAGUUCAUCCCACACGGAGAGUUGUUUGAGAGUUCUUGCUUCAACAGUGAUUGAACGGAACUUCUUUCGUCCCUUUAUCCCCCCCACCCUACUACUUCAUAGCAGUUUUCUGUCUUAUUUAGAUAACUCGACCAAAAGUUCUAUUUUCUUACUUUUGUUUUUUUGCAAGAAAAAGACAAAACCUACCAGCAAAGAUGGAGUCUCAGGUGCGUCAGAACUACCACCAGGAUUGUGAGGCCGCCAUUAACCGAAUGGUUAAUAUGGAGCUGUUCGCUUCCUACACCUACACCUCAAUGGCCUCUUACUUUUCCCGAGAUGACGUGGCCCUUCCAGGUUUUGCCCAUUUCUUCAAGGAGAACAGUGACGAAGAGAGGGAGCAUGCUGAGAAGCUGUUGUCCUUCCAAAACAAAAGAGGUGGACGUAUCUUCCUCCAGGAUAUCAAGAAACCAGCGCGUGAUGAGUGGGAGAGUGGACUUGAGGCCAUGCAGUGCGCCCUGCAGUUGGAGAAAAAUGUCAACCAGGCUCUGCUGGAACUGCACAAACUUGCCUCUGAUCAUGUGGACCCACAUCUGUGCAACUUCUUGGAAAGCCACUACUUGAAUGAGCAAGUGGAGGCCAUAAAGAAGUUGGGUGACUACAUCACCAACCUGAGCCGAAUGGAUGCUGGAAACAACAAGAUGGCAGAGUACCUGUUUGACAAGCACACUCUGGGGAGCAAGAGCUAAAUGCAUGUCCUUUUUUUUGUGAAGGCCCGUCAUGUUUAUCAAAAUGGGUCUUCAUUAGCAUUCUCUACCUAGCCAACUGUUUAAUCUGGUUAACAAAGGGCCAUGUGUCUAGGUGGUUUCAUGGGAUAAUAAAACUUGUUUGUCAAAUGCUCAAGUGGCUGUAAAGAUGCUCUACACUGAAUAAAAACAAUUAAGAUGGCAUUAA